AUGCAAAAAUCCACGCCGGUCAGUCGAUACUGUUCAAAUAUUUUAAAUCGAAAUGUAUGGAAUGUAACUAAAUCAAUAGCACGUGAGGAUUUACCUAUACCAGUUUCAUAUAUUGUCGUACAUGAAUUAAGUGGUUUUAAUAGAAGUAUGACACAGCAAGAUUGUAUACGAUAUAUAAAUGCACUCCAAAAGUGGAAUAUAGAUGAAAAUGGCUUUGAUGAUAUUGCACAUAAUUUUAUUAUUUGUGGUGGUGAUGAAAAUGAUAACACUAGUCAACCACAAAUUUAUACUGGAAGAGGAUGGAAAAGUAUAGGAGCACAUUGUCUUACAUACAAUAGUCGAUCAUUAGGUUAG